GUGAUAAACCUUGGGUGUAAACUGUAAACACACCUAGUAAGUGUUUCCGUGAUGAUUACCAGUCGUGUGCUGUCAUUUAACUUCAUCGAUGACAGCGAUGUAGCUCCACCGUCCACCUUAUUAAAAAUAAUGACCUUCACCGUUAUUUGUGAAUGAGUUAUUUGGCUAGUCUGAGUUUUAAAAACGUUUUUAUUGUCUAAAAAUGAACAUCUCUAACAAAUUAAAAAGAGUUAAAGCGCAAGCUGAUCAUCUGUUUCUCAGGGGAGAGAAGACAGAUGUGGUUGGGGAGCUCCGUGAUGCUGAGAACAAGGCUGACAGUCUCCGUGUCAUGUGUGAAGCUCUCAAGUCAGCCAUUGAGAAAACUCUCAUCACCCACAACACCCCUGAGGACAAACGAAUGCGCAAGUUGACUGAAAGCAAUGGGUCAGAAAUUCUCAAAGAUGUCCUCAACCAACUUUCUUCUAGUGCUACUCAGGACUCAAACAUGCUCUCUGAACAGCUUCUCCUAUGGAGCAUGCUGGAGCACACAGUGGAGUGCCAACAAGCACUAAAUCUUGAAGUGCUGAAGCAUGACGAAGAAAUUGAAACAAACGUUUUGUCUCACCUCAAUAAACUGAUGAAGGAAGAUUUUGCCAGCUAUUCUAAAAUGAAAAAGUUAUUGAAACAGUAUGGACAAGAUUUAGACACAGCAAGAAGUCGGUACCGCAGCAGUGCCAUGCCGUCCUCCACUGCUCCCUCCCUCAAGCUCGAGAGCUACAAGGAGGAGAUGGACGAAGCUGAGAGCAAGCUGGAGCAGUUCAGGGAUCAAUAUGCAUCUGAACUGUACGUCCUACUUGCUAAAGAACGCUUCAUCUGUAACCUGGUGAAGCAAUAUCUGGUGAUCAGGCAAGACUUCUACUCAUUCUCCCAAAAAACCUUUGACAACGCUUUGCCACACAUCCUUGAGAGACUUGAAAACAGCACCCAAGGCCCUGUGUUUGGUUGUUGUCUUAACGAACAUCUUGUCAUUACUAGAAGGACUCUCGCUCUACCACUGGAAGUGUGCGUCAAAAGGCUGGUUGAGGUUGGUCUCCUUGAAGAAGGUUUGUUCCGCGUCGCAGGCAGCGCCACAAAAGUGAAGCGUCUCAAGGCAGCUUUUGAUGCCAACACAAUAGACAGCUCCUCCUUUGCCUCUAGUUCUACUGACGAUUGCCAUAAGGACGUCGAUGUGCACGUCGUUGCUGGCGUCUUGAAAUCCUAUCUUCGUGAGCUACCUGAGCCUCUGCUCACCCAUACUCUCCACUCUGAGUGGCUUGAGGCAGCCAAAAUACCUGACCGGGACGAGAGUCUGCGCAAACUGUGGACCGUUGUACAGAGGCUUCCUAAGCCUAACCUACAGAAUUUGAGUUAUUUCAUGCAGUUUUUGUCUCUUCUCACUCAGUACCUGCCAUACAAUAAGAUGACGCCAAACAACCUCUCUAUCGUUAUCGCUCCUAACCUCAUCUGGAGCCCUGAUGAGAACAUGACUGAGAACAUCAUGAGCAGCACUUUAGGCCGUAAUAUGAGCUAUGGCAAUUAUUACCGACAAAUUGUUGAAAAGCUCAUUGAAAACUCCGAGUAUUUCUUCCCUGAUAGAAUUAACUUCGAUGUGCCAAAAUUAAGUCUGCCCAAACCUCCCGAAACUCCUUUGGAUGGUGUGGGCAAUGAGAGCGUGCCAAGUGUGGCUGGCAACACUGGAGGUCACGUUGCAGGAUCAAUGCAUAAGAGGAAUAAAAGUGCCGAUUUGAGCAGACUUGACAUGAGUGUGCUUGUGAACAACUUCGAUGUUAGAGAGCAAGAUAGUCCCAAGCACCCAUUGAGACGGAAGAAACAAGCACCUCUGCCUCCUCAAGGGACCAAAAUUGUGGACCAGAGCGGCGAUAAUUCAUCAUCUUCUUCACCUGAGCAGUCGCGUAGUCAACAGUUGGUUCCUACCCGCGAAGCUCCCACCCCUCAGCGCGUCUACCCCGGCCUUCCCAACUCUUCAUCCACAAAUGAUGCCAAAAUCAUGAGCAAAUCCACCGAGGGCUUGUUCAACAGCCCCAAUCCUCCAGUACCCGCCGUUCGCGCGUAUGGAACCGUGCGUACGGCCAGCGUGCGUAAGCCCAACAGACCAAGUAUAGAACCUCCCAAGCCUCCUGUGGUGAGGCUCCCUGAACCGUCAGCCGACGGCGGUGGUGCAUUAGGGAGCCAUGUUGUCGGACUCCAGCCGACUGGGGGUGUGGGAAUUAACGCCUCUGUGGGAGCUAGUCACAGUUCAGGUGCGGAAAAGAGUUCUGGCACGAACCCGUUAGGUGUUCAGGAUGGAGUGAGAGCCCCGAAUGCAGGUCCAGCUACAGACAUUCAAGCUGUGGUCAAACCUCCUCGCCCCAGUCCUCCUCUAUUGUCUAAUUUAGAGAAAUCAGCUUCGGCUUCUCACGUUCUUGAAAAAAUUAAUGCUGUUCAGCUGCCAGCCAAAGGCUCGUUGCAAAAUUGUGAUAAAACUCUUGGAGGGGACGACAAGGUGCCUGCUGCUACCUGUAUUAAUCCGUCAUCAACUGGUCCCAUUGAUACCCAGCAUCCCUCACCUGCCCAACGAGCCCAAAAAGAAGAGAACCAGGCUUCCUCUUCUUCUUCUCAGCAUGGCCUCUCUUCUUCUCAGGCUGCCUCGUCUACUUCUCAAGGUCCUUCCACUACUCAGUCUGCCUCUUCCGCUUCACAGGCUCCAAUAGGCUUUGAAAUUAUACACAAUGAAAUGCAGGAAACUUCUGAAGUUGAAUUGAGACGUCCGACUCAAGCCCCUUCCGAAGAUGCUGGGCAUAACACCAAUUUCAAAGCCCCUCUCUCAUCCAAGGAAAUGUUCAGAAAAUCUCUGGAGAAUAUAAUGCAGGAACAGAGCUCAUGUCCGCCCGUUGCUUUGCCACGACACAUCGACACCAGUGACGAGCAUGACAAGAACUCGCAAGUCUCAGCUGCUGACGGCCAGCUGGCGAGUCAUCCUAUACCUGCUGCCAGGACCAUCAAGGAUGUUCUGCUGGGCGCUGCCAACGAUAAGCCUGAGCUGGCGACACGCGUCGACAAACCCGCUCUCCCUGAGAAGCCCAUGACGCUUCCUCGGCCUCCUUCUUCGGACCGUCCUCCUCUCGCGCCUCGCCCCUCGUCCAACCCCAACGUAAAGUGUCUGGGCUCCCCAGCCCCACCCCUAGACCCUUCAUCCUCUUCAAACUCCAAUGACGGGGAAACGUGCUAUGCUAUUCUCCCCACAGAGACAUCCUCCAACAGUUCUCCCAGUCCCUUGGGCCGGAGGACAACUACUGAAGACCUGACGGCGUUCGCUGACGGACAUAAUUCUGUAUCAAGUGAUAAGUCAACUGUGAGCGUUCGUACUUUGAAGUCUGGCAUGAGGAGCAAGAGUGUCGUGUCGCGUAAGCUCACUCCUCACCUCUCAACUCCACCUACAUUUGAUGAACUUUCCUCACACACUUCCACUAACUCAGUUGCACUUCCACCUGCCUCCAUUGCACCUAAUCUCGAAUCAGUUGGUAGCUCUGCUGGUGAUUCUGCUUUCAUCGCUGGAGACUUGGCGACGAAUGGUGGAUCAGCUGAGGUGCCAGGAAGAACUGAGGAAAGGCAACUAGAAGAUAAACCUGGUCUCGACCAAGCCUCCCCUGCAGGAAACGUCCCAUCAGCUGCAAACCGCGUCUCUUACAUCCCUCGACGAGCUUCUCAGGGACUCCUUAACGCCCCCCAAAAAAGUCAAAACCCUAGCAGUGGAGUUGAAAGUUUACCUCUCGGUAAAAAAUCAGAAGACAAUUCAUCUGGCGUAAUCAACGUGCCUAAAACAGACUCUAAUGCUGAUGUGGGUAAGAGUACAAUAGGCGAUGUAGUGCAAACCGGCAACGUGCGCCACAGCAUUCAAGCGCUGCAGAACCAGAUUUUCGGGAACCAUACACUGCAAAACUCUGCUGGCCAGAUUAUCAUUAAGAAAAAAGCUGUGGACGCGUUCGCUGAGAGUAAGUUUCCGAGACAUGAACCUAUCGAGAAGUCGCCCAUAAAGGGCUUGCCUGUUCAAAGGAUGAACAGCAGCAUACAUGAGCCACAACUCAGAACAAAUCCUUCUAUGGUAGAUGAAGAUAUCAGUUCUACGCGAGAGGAGAGCAAGCCUGCAGGCCUUAUAUCAUCCCUGCAGUUGAGCAAGAGCUCCAAAGUGAACGAUAAUGCCGGCGACGUGUCAGCAGGACGUCAGGAGUCGAGCUGUGAUCAUAUUAGUGAUGAUGUGAGCGAGCUUUCCAGACUGUGAUCACGCCAUCGUUGUGCGACGUAUCUCUUCGUUCUGAGGAUCUUGCUUCAUUUUCGCCAUAAUAGCUACCGUUUUAAGAAUAGAAGCUCUCUUUAGUUGCUUAAUAUUGUUAAGUGAUGAUUUAUAAUGUUCUUAUAUGCUAUAUAUCGGUAUGCUUAUAGACGCCGUUAUUCUUUAGCGUUCAUUUGAAUGCCUCCGAUUUAUUCUAGUAUAUCAUAUGUAACUUACUACGCUUGAGCGGCUCUGGUUAUUUAUUUGAUGACGUCCUGCUGCUAAAAUCUAGCAAUGGUAAAUAAUGAUUGAGAUCUAGCGAUGAUUUCCUAUGAUUGAAAUCUGACAAUGAUGUCUAAUGAUGUAAAUCUAAAGAUAAAGUCCCUUGACUGAUGUCUAUUUAAGUCUAACGAUUUAAAACUAGAGGUGUCAUAUGAUUGAAAUAUAUCUACGAUAGCUAAUGAUGUACAGCUUGAGAUAAUUUCUUAUGAUUGCUAUCUAUCAUCGAUAUUUGAUGAUUUACAGCUUGAGAAGAUGUCCAAUUAUUGAAAUCUAGCAAUGAUAUCUCUUGAUUGAUAAUGAUGCAUUACUGGGAGGACUGCUAUAUUAUGUGCCUCUGUUUCGUCUUACGUUCCCUAUAGUGAACGCUGCGUCGAGGUGUUAAUGCUGAUGAUUUUUUGCUCUGACUUGCGUUCUCUGUUGCUAAAGCCAGUAUCAACUAGACUAGGAAUUUCUACUCUAAACUCAGUUUGUAUCUACGCUUUUUUUGACGUAUCGCUGGUUCUUAUCUUUACUUCCAAAUAUGGAAGUUUGAAAGGAAUUUUUGUUCACCGUGAUUGCAAUUUAUAUAUUUCUACUGAUUUAUAUGCGAUUUAGUAUAACGGACAGGAGUAAUGAAAUAGUUUUUUUGAGAGAAAACGAUGGCAUAGGAUAUGCCAAUGAUUUUUACCAUGAAUGCCCUCAAAUUGUGACGGCUGUAACUUGCAUUGUUUUACUUCUUUUGACAAAUCACUACGUAGAAAAUUUUUAACUUUUUGUUGACAGGGAAAUGGUGUUUAGUUUUCUGUUUCCUGUACGGUUCAGUUCUUUUUGAAUCGUGGAUGAUCACAUUUAAAAACAUUUAUGUAACCACUCAGCAGCGCAUAUAGUUCAGUAUGCGACUAAUAACUGAACAGAACCAGCCAUAUGAACAAAUAUCGAAGCAUAUCCGCGCUAGCUAUCCUCUCGUGAAAUUUCAUUGUUCAACUCUUCAACUCCUGUUCCUGGAGCAUUUUUUUUUAACUGCAAGUGUCUAAGUCACCGUCUUUUGUGACUGAAUUGUCAACCCACUGGGUCUUGCUUCCCUGAGUAUCAUGUCUCCUUUAUCGGUGCUACUUCAGCUAUCAAAUUCUGUUGCUGUUUUUUAAUGCAAUGAUGUUAGCCAUAAGCACGCAAGCGAUUCUGUGGCUGGCUUAAAAGUUCAUAUAAUUAUGUGUGUACAUAUUGGUGAAGGGCUUCCAGUUUUCUGUUUUCUUAUUAGUGAAGCCAUUCACGAUUUGUGAUUUUUAUUGCUUUUUAUUAUUGUCAGCGCUGAGAAGUAACGUUAAUUAAGCGCUUGCUUACUUAAUGUAAACUAAUUCGAUGCAUAUAUUUUUGCUUGCUAGUCGCGUUAGGUUCAACCAAUUUCACUGCCUUUCUCUAUUUUUUCUGGUUAUCGCGUAUAAUUUCCGAGUUAUAAAUGCCGUUGACCUUGUAGGACCUAACGCUGUCUGCUUAUUGUUCUACAUGAGUUCCCUCAUUAAAAUGCGUGAGGAAAGUAUGGAAGUGACAGGCAUAAUCCUUAAUCAAGUGACAAUUUAAAUUGCUAUUAGAGGAGUAAUCCUUUAAGUGACAAUCGCAAUUGCCGCUUUAGAUGCAAUCCUUGGCCAAUUACCAAUUGUACUGCAGGGAAUUGUUGUUUUCCGAACUUUCUGAAAUGUUGGUCUGUGGAACGCGUAAGUUAGGCGCCAUCAGCGAUGAGAGAUCAUUAUGAGAGUUGCGGGGAUGGUGAAUAUAUUUAUUUCGUUUGUAUUAUUUUGAUGCAUAUUCCGUUAUUAUUGAAUAUCAUUUAUCAUACAGUCAGUGGAGAGACGUUCAUGCUCUGUAACGUGUUGUGAGAGUGGCAUAUUCAUCAAAUUAUAAUAGGUUUACAGUUCAUCUUUCUCUGAAGAGGCCUCGAUGCGGGCAGUUCCUCUGCUGAACAAGAGAGAUGUUACGCAUAUCGUCCAAUUACUGGAAUAAUACUGCUAAAAUUUUCUAAAUUGCCAAGACUAAUUUUAAUUUGUACCUUCAUUUCUCAUCGUAAUACACAGGAAUUCUCGCAGAUAUACCAAGUUUGAUGAUGUGUACCAGAAUGAGAGUUGAGUAAACAGAAUUUCGGGACAUCGAAGAUCUUGGGUAGGGAACAUGGUUCCACCAAUGUUUACCAAUUGACUGUUAUUUCCCGACAGGAUGUCUAACUCAUCUCUCUAAAUAAAUACGAAAAAUAUCAAUGUAAGGUAUGAGAUUCCUUGGUCUACUUCAGUUUAUUCAAAAUGCUCUAAUGCAAAUUUCCUUAAUUAAUCUUAAACUAUUUAUUUAGACACCAAUGUGUGGGCCAGUUGAAGCGGGAUGGAAAUCUGCGAGUUUCUUUAAGAGUUUUCAUCCCUCAUAUAUCGGUUGUAGAAGGUCAGCGGUGAUAAUUGAACCCUAAUAUUUGAAUGUUGACUGGAAAUGCUAGCUGUGUUGUAUGUCAUGUGAUUUUUGUACAAUAGUCGAGAAUAGAUGGCGGAAGAAUGCCGAUUGCUCCAAGAAAAUUGUUUCAAGGACUGCAAUCGCUCUUCAUAGAAUUUAUUUUUUCGAAGGCUGACUUUUUCAAGCUAGGCAGUCCAUAUCAAUCAGCUAGGAAGAAAUUAUGAUUAUCUGUCAACGUGUCUUACUUGAAAGUUUGCCAAUUUGGUGCGAUUAGGUUUAGCUAAAAUUUAAGAAAUUGGUUGCAAAGAGAAAAGUUUACUUGAGUUGACGUUUUCGACCAUAGAUUCUGCGGUUUAUACGAAGUACUGGAAGAGUUAUUAAUGGUUUUGUCGUUGAUAUAUUGAAACCUUUAGUGACUUGAAAAAUGUUUUGUUUCUAUUGAAAUGUUAUAGCGAAUUAGCAAUUGUUCUAUCUUCUUCCUAAAAGCCUGAAAGGUGCUUGUCAAAAUUAUUCGUAAGUUUGCUUAUCCAAAAUGUGUAUUGAAAAGAAUAUAUUUGUGAAAUUUACAUCGAGUUUAAUAUGAUUGUAGUAGUUUAGAAAAUGUUGGGCUACAAAUACUCCCUCUGUACUUUUCAAUGGAAGGUAUACAAUGUUUUUACUUUGAAUUAAUUGUCUUCCAAGGUUUUGUGAGUAUUAAACUGUUGUGAAAGUG